UUGCGUGCCGUGCAAUGUAAAGUUCGUGUGCCAUGCUUUCUAGUAUUUUCUAUCGUGGUUUGAAAUAAAGGUUUUGACAAGAUCGCCGCAUUUUACGAUUGGGAAGGACGCUCAUCAUGUUUCGAACAAAAAAGGACGUAGAUCGCCACGUUCAAGAUGUAUUUCGCAAGUUAAAGGACGAAAACGAGAGGAAUCUCCGUUGUUACAACAUUGCCAAAUUGUACUUCCAAGUGCAAGAUUAUGAAGCUGCGAAGCGGUACGUGUCAAGUUACUUGGAAGUGCGAACAGAGUCUGCAGGAGCGCACAAGCUUCUUGGUCAAAUUCUUGAAGCUCUUGGACAGAAAGAGGACGCCCUUUCUCAAUACAGAAUAUCUCUCGAACUCGAGAGCAGACAAGAUGACCUAGUUUUAAAAGUUUGUGAGCUUCUUGCUGAUAUGGACGUUGGAGUUGACGUUAACAGAGCAAGGUACUGGGUUGAAAGAGCCGAUAAACAGUUUCCUCAUCAUCCCAUAGUUUUUCAACUCAAGGAAAAAUUGCUGACAGUAGACAAACCCAAUAAUGACGGCGAAGAUCUUAAAUUACUUAUAGCAUCUGAAUUAUCUGUGAGACCAAAAGAUGUACAACUACGUGUCAAAUUAUUAAAACAUUACAUGGAGAAAAAUAAACUAGACGAGGCUUACAAACACGCUUUCGACGUCGAAGCAACACAAGUCCACAGAGACAAUGUUUCUUGGUAUCAAGUUUUAUGUGACCUACUAACAAAAUGCAAAUCGCAGAUGAAAAAGGACUGGUCCUUUUGGGUUUUUUAUAUUUCUGCCCUAGAAAGAUUCGUUGCCCUUAAUCUUAAAGAGCAGGGGAAUAUUUUAAAUAAAUCUCUAGCCGAAGCCACUCAAGCAGUAUUCAAUUUUGAUCAAGCUUUGUACGAAGCAAAGUCCCAAAACUUUUCAACAAACCCACUUUUUAUGGACAAUAUGUUUUCACACAUGUGGGGACAACUGAACCUCCACAUAGCCUGUUUAAUGUUACGAAAAACGAAACGAGAACAGGGAAGUUGGGGUGAAACGGGUCGUUUAUGUGCACCACUUUUCCUCACCGCACUACACGUAGCACCGGUUGAUCCCACAUCGCCCUGGGCAGUGCAUAUUAAAGAUUGGAGCAAAAAUCAGGUACAAAUUUGGCACAAAGAAGGUUCCUACCGUUGCAGUCAAGCUGGCCAUGUGCUCCAAGACUACGCGCGGGACGAGCCAAAUCGCUUGAUGGAGAAAAUCGACAAAUUUUGCACCGGUGCCUGGAGGGAGCGUAUCUUUCAGAGAAUUUUUAUAAGCCGACUACACUUGCAAAUCAAGACCUCUUACUUCUCGUCACAAAGAGUGGCCAAUCCGCCCAUGCGACUCUGCACGCAGAAUGAGCUGAAAAGAUUCGACGAGGUCUCAGAAGAGGUCUGGCCGGCGUCGCUUCAUCACCAGGUCUGGCUUGGAAUCUCGAACCGUCCUCGAGGCAAUCAGAAAAACCCUGGGCCUCAUCCUCACACAACUUCCCACCUCUUCCCGGAAUUACAAUUCUCCGCUUAUAAUUUAAAUCAAUCGGCACCAGACAGUUUGAGCCGGCUCGAUAUUGAAGCUUUUCUCAAUGCUGCGGUCCUCUGCACCCACACUGCGGUUGAAGAACAGCAGCGAAGUAGUUUUAUGAAUCCGGAACGACUGCCAACUCUGCCCGCUGAUCUCACCAAUACACUCUGCACCUCGUAUCAGGAAAAAUGGUGGGCCUUCGCCUAUAAGAUGUACCGAAGAAUAGACUGGACGAUGAAUGAUCUCGGUGAAAUCCGACAGGAACUUCAGCGUGGCUUGGAAGUUGUGAGGUGUAUCGGCAAUCAUGGACUCCAUCCCAAUAUUUUAGUUCAUCUUGCCAGGAUUUUCCAUCACAGAGUGAAAGUUUUGAAAGAACGGAAUCCAGAGCACUGUGACAUCUCGGCUCUGGAGGUACGCUGCGAGCUUUACUGGUCGGCUGCAAUUCCUCUUCUCGAGAGAAUGCAAAAUAAUCAACCGAUACGCACUACCAGUCAGAAAUUGUUUGACUAUCAAGGAAAGGAUAUGAGUAGUAUGGAACUGAUGAAUGCGAUGGAAGAGGGAAGACUGCUUCUUGCUCAAAAGCACGUGCGAGACAAGGAAUAUGAGCGAGCAAUAGAUGCGCUACAAGUUCUCAAAUGUCCGGAAGCUUCCUUUGAACAAGGCAAAAUUUACAGAAAACUCGCCGACGAUCUUGUGAGUUGUAUGCCCAAGGAGAGUCUGACUUCCGAAACGAGAUCACAACACGUCAUCAUACUGACGAAAGCCCGAAAUUGCUUCUACCUUACUCUCGAUCGUCUACGAAGUCCUGAGGCUGAUCAGAAGCAUCCCCUGAACGCCGAACUCUUCACUCACAUCGCCGACAUCGAGAACGAGCUCAAAAGAAUAGAUCCCGAUCUUUCGCGAAAUGGAGUCCACCGUAACGACUGUGAUGGCAUGUCCGAGGAAAGUUAUUCAUCAGCUCACAGCAAUGAGGAAAUCCCCGUUGCCGGCACUUCGCUUGGUCUCGAUGCUACUGUCCACAAUUUCCUUCAAACACCACAGCGAAACUCGCAUCGCACUCCAAAACAGUCGAGCACACCCAGCCGACCACAGCAUCACGACAUUCUCGAAUUGUCCAGAAAUCGGACCGAAGCUCGACCCAGUCCCGAGCGACUCGACGCUCAAAUUCGUCAGAUGAUGAACUUGAAGGAGAAUAUCGUGCAAACUGUGAUGGACCAGAACAGAGCCCUCAUGGAAUCUAAUAAAGUCAUGAUGGAGAAACUCGAGGAAUUAAGGAAAGAAGUAUCGGAUUUAAGACUCGAGACCCAAAAGCAAAAACCUGCAGCACCCGCUGCUAAUCACAAUCUCGAGGAAGAUCUCUAUUUAUUCGGCGAAGAGGACUACGGAGAAUACAACUAUCAGAACUCGGCUGCUCCGCAACCUGCGAAUACGUCCAUUCCUGCAAACAUUUUCGCCCAGACGCAAAGACAUCCCUAUUCUAAUCUUGUUUAUCCACCACCGACUCUUCAAGGUCAGGCGAUUGGUUAUUAUCAAGGUAAUUACCAGGGAGGUCUGUCUUUUAAUGAUCCUAAUCAUCACAUAUCUUCGCUUUAUGCAGCCAAUGUUUAUCCCGUGCCUCCGAUCUAUCCUCGUCAUCCAGUGGAUCCAACUAUGAACCAAAAUAUAGGCCAAGCAAUGGGUCAACCUAUCCCACCGCCAAUAGGUCAGCCUAUCCCGCCGCCAAUAGGCCAUCCCAUCCCUCCACCAAUGGGUCAAACUAUUCCUCCGCCAAUAGGCCAUCCCAUCCCUCCACCAGUGGGUCAAACGAUUCCCAAAAUGCCCGAAAGUAUAUUGCAACAGUCCCUCUUCCCACAAGUUCCACCAGCGAUUCCAAAUCAACCUUACAUUCAACAAAUUCCCGUCGUCCAGAAGUUGGAGGCGACGAAAAUUGAAACAGCCAAAGAGCCAAUUAGGAACGUUCCGGUGAAUAAGGCGCCGCCCGUUAACGUGGUUAUCACGUCGUCUGACGUUCUACCAACCACAGCACCUUCCGUUCAACCGGUGAUGAGUGUUACCAUUCCUGCGCAGCACAGAUUGGGUGGCACAACAGUUACCACAAGCUCGACAAAUGAACCUCACAAUUAUCAGAUUUCGAUGCCACUGCAGGCAAUGAUUCCGACCACUGUGAAUCUACCUCCAUUGUCCGAGACAAUGACGAUGACGAUCACUUCGCCGAAUAGCAGAAGCACAGCGGGCCACAAUACGAGCACUACCGGGUCACUGAACAACUCAAUUGAGAUCUGUAAUGAAGUGGAGCAUGAUCCGAUUCCAGAUUUCGUUCCGAUUAUUCCUCUGCCUGAUGAAGUGGCAGUCACGACUGGAGAGGAGGGUGAAAUUACGUUGUUCAGUAUGAAGGCGAAGCUUUUCCGAUUUACGAAUAAGGAGUGGAAGGAACGAGGAGUUGGCGAGGUGAAGUUGUUGAAGAAUAAAGAAGGCAAAGUUCGAUUAUUGAUGAGGAGAGAUCAGGUCUUUAAGAUUUGUGCGAAUCAUAUGUUGGCGAGAGAUAUGGAGUUGACGGCAAUGAAGAAUAAUAGCAAAGCCUGGGUUUGGGUAGCCAAUGAUUUUGCCGAUGAGGAAGUUAGAUUGGAGAAAUUGUGUAUUAGAUUCAAGACUGACGAGGACGCUCUUGCGUUUAAGGAGUGUUUUGACCAGGCGAAGAUCAGCUUGCCAAUCUCGCCUGAGAAACCGAAAGAGAGCUCGUCGAGUGUAGAUAAUAAGCAAGUGGAGAAGAAGGUGGAGAAUAAAAUGGAGAAAGGGACGAUUAAACUUGGUGGAUUUUCGUUUGCUUCGGAGCCGAUUUUGAAGAAGCCUAUUGCGGAGAAGGAGGAGAAGAAGAAGGUUGUUCAGAAAGAAAAGCCUGCGAAAGUUAGUCCAUUUGCGCAAUUUUCAUUUGGGAAGACUACUGUUGCUCCGAAGGAAGGCACGAGUGCACUGAGUUCAGCGCUCACAGGAUUUGGAUCAUCUCCGGCUGUCGUUACUCAAGCAUCUACACCUACAGUUAUCUCGAUUGGAAAAACUGGCGAAACGCAGUCACCUCAGAGUGGAAACAUGCUGGCAACGUCGAAGACCCUUAGGCGUCCUCAUGGUCCAGCACAGGCCAUAAAUAAACCACCUAUGGCAGAGUCAUCAACACCGGGGAGAGAGAUCACCGAAGCUGGUCUUCAAGCAGGAGAAACGUCCAUAUAUUCUGGGAAAGCGAAUCUCAUGCACGUAAAUAAUGUUACAAACGUUUGGGAGGACAAAGGCACAGGACAAAUAAACAUAUUCUUCAACUCGAAAAGGGUAAAGAUGCGCCUGAUAAUGUUGACCGAGAAUAAUACAAAACUUUCUUGCAAUCAUCCAAUCUUUGCCGAUAGUAAAUUUUCAUUUAGAGCAACUAGUGAUACGGUUGUUAACUGGAUUGUUCCAAACACCAGCAAUCCCAAGAAACAUGAUUCUUUUGCUAUAGCAUUCAAAACACAUGAGCAGGGCAAGGAAUUUUUAGAUGCAGUGCAUAGCUACCAACGAAAAUUAGGCAAGGCACAAACUUCUGCUGGUCAGACUACUGUCAAGAGUAAAGCAACCGAUAAGAAGGAACCUUUAUCCGCCGUUUUCAAACCCGCAGCAGGCAGUUGGGAGUGCAAGAUGUGCUACAUCAGAAAUGAUGGUGACAAGCCAAAGUGCGUAGCUUGCGAUAAUCCAGCCCCUGGAAAACCGGCCGAAUCCGAGUCAAGUGCUCCUUCGAGCCAAAGUCAAAACACAUCCUCGCAGUCCAAGUCGUCGCUUCUUGAUCAGUUCAAACCAGCGGCUGGUUCCUGGACUUGCGAGGAUUGCUAUAUGGUCAACAAGAGUUCUGAUUUGAAGUGUCCUGCUUGUAAUAGACAAAAUCCAUCAGUACCAUCCAAACCUCAAACACCUCUGACACCAUCCUCUCAAUUGAAACCACUCUCGGAAGUUUGCAAACCGGCGGCUGGUUCCUGGACUUGCCAAGGGUGCUACAUGAUCAACCAGGGCUCUGAUUUGAGGUGUCCUGCUUGUGAUGGAGCAAAUCCAUCAGCACCAUCCAAACCAAAAACAAGUCAGACACCAUCCUCUCAAUUGAAGCCACUUUCGGAAGUUUGCAAACCCGCAGCUGGUUCCUGGACUUGCCAAGGAUGCUAUAUGGUCAACAAGGGCUCUGAUUUGUAUUGUCCUGCCUGUGAUUCUCCCAAGGAUCCGUCCCUUCCACCGAAACCGAAGACGAGCAUUUUCGGUACCAGUACCGAUACCUCGACUCCAAAUCCAUUCACUUUCGGCAUUCCCCAGGCGAACAAGGACACUUCUAGUCCAUUCCCAUUCUCGCUAUCAAAUGCGAGUAACAACAAAACUCAAGGCGCUGCCGAUGCCGAAAAAUCCAGCAUCUCGUCGAUAUUUGGAGGACCAAAGAAAUCCGAACCCAUCAAUACCAAAUUCAGUUUCGGUGUUCAACAGCAGCGACCAACAACUCCACCAAAUAAGGAAGCAACUUAUGUGUUUGGCUCGCCAGGAAAAUCAUUUGAUUUCCAGUUCAACGCGAAAACCCCCAUGAAAUCGCCCGGAGUUGGAGAAACGAGCGAGGACGAGGUUGUCGAGAGCGAUGACAUCUAUUUCGCUCCAGUGAUUCCUCUGCCGGACAAGGUUGACGUGAAAACUGGCGAAGAGGAAGAGGAAGUUCUCUACAGUCACCGAGCCAAACUCUACAGAUUCGACAUCAAUACCAAAGAAUGGAAGGAGCGCGGUCUAGGAGACAUCAAACUUCUUAAGCACAGACAGAACAAAAAGCUCCGACUUGUAAUGAGAAGAGAUCAGAUUCUCAAGUUGUGUUUGAAUCAUGCAGUUACAGCGGACCUCGAAGUCUCCGCAAAGGAUGACAAAACCUGGAUGUGGUCGGCUGCUGAUUACAGUGAAGGCGAAAUCGAAUAUAUGCAAUUCGCCUGUAGAUUCAAGACUCCGGAGAUUGCUGGAGAAUUCAAAACCGCGAUGGACAAAGCACAAAAGGGCGAAGAUCCCACCAACGAACUGAACAAUCUGAAUUUAAGUGAAAAACCCGCGGCCACCGGCAAAACAAGAUUGGAGGAUGUCGAAAUUGUUUACGAAGUGCAAGUGACCAAUCAGGAGAAGGAAGACGCUCGGAAAUUGCAGCUGCCCGAGAAUUUCUAUUCUUACAAGUACAAGGAUGACUGUCCAGGUUGUAUUGGCUGUCAAGAAUCUAGCAAAUCUCUCUUUGAAACCAAACCUGCUGAAAAAGUAGUGGGGGUUCUCAAUUUCAGCAAAUCGGAUUCACUCGUGACUGAGAAGCUUUCGGAAAGUACAUCACUGGGAACAAUAUCCGCGUCAGUUUCUACUCCUACCUCGCAACCAGUUUUUAGUUUCAUGGGAGCAGCUAAUAAGCCAAGCACUGGAUUAUUUGGAACUCCGACAGCUUCUAUAACACCUCCAGCUUCUGCAACUCCUGCCCUUACUUCAACCAAGAAAGAGCCUAGUGAAAAAUCAUCGGCUGGUUUUCUAUUUGGUGGCUCGCCUUUUGCUACUAAUGCCGUCGGCCCUGCUGACCAGCAAAAGGACAGUUCGACAUUCAAAAAGGCGGAAACGACCCUCGAGAAUCUGAAAGUUUGUAGUCCUGCGAUCAAACUUCCGACAUCGGCUGCAGCGAGUAACUUUAGUUUUGCGGAUGGACCAAAGUCCUCGACCCCGAUUUUCGGAACGAAACAACCUCUCACGUCCCAGGGCGGCGAGAAAUCUAUAUUUGGUCUCACACCUUCUGCAGCACCUGGUUCCAUUUUCGGAGGCACUGUUUUUGGAGGACAGAAAGAUUCCACUGUGUCGGGAAGUACGACUGGAUCCAUGAAUUUUGGGGAAGCAGCCCAGAAUAAAUUUGCAUCGUCUACCUUGUUUGGAGGCGGUCUUACAACAAAUUCCGCCACAACGACACCUCCGACAUUUGGAAGUCAGACGGAUCCACUCUCGUUUUCUUCGUUGAAAAAUACUUCGACUACGGCGCCUGUCUAUACUAAUGUGUUUGGAGGAAAUUCCUCGCCGAUUGUGUCUGGAGGAUUUGGAACUGGAGGAAGUAAUUUGUCGUUUGGAAAUUCGUCGGGAAAUGCUUUUGGCGUGAAGAAAGCAGAGGAGACGGGAGAUAAAGUCAGUUUUCUACCAACAGAAAAUGCUGUUUCGUUCUCCACGCUUGCUGCUAAAAGCGAUCAAAAUGCCUUCAAAGUCGAUCCAAACUUUGCAUUUGAAGGAACAGGCACUUCAGUUUUUGGCCGUAAAUCUCUUCAUGGGAAAAAUUCUAUAAACACACCAAAUAAGGCUCAAAAUGAUUCAAAACAAGAAGAUGAUGAAAAUGAAGAGGAAGGCGAUGAAAAUGAUCAUGAGCAUGAUCCUCAGUUCGAACCCAUAAUUCCUCUACCAGAUGCUAUCGAAGUUCGAACCGGAGAGGAAGAUGAAGAAAAAGCUUUUUGCCAGAGGGCGAAGUUGUACCGAUUCGACGCAGAUACGAAGGAAUGGAAGGAGAGAGGAGUAGGCGAGAUGAAAAUUCUUCAUCAUGCUGAACGUGGUACUUAUAGAAUCUUACUUCGUCGAGAGCAGGUUCACAAGGUCGUUUGCAAUAUGUUGCUGACGGCAGACGUCGAGUUCCAACCUCUCCAAACGUCAGACAGAGCCUGGAUGUGGGCUGGCAUGAAUUACUACGAGGGUGAAACAAAUCUCGAAAAAUUGGCGAUAAGAUUCAAGAAUCCAGAAUUGGCGCAUCAAUUCAAGGAGGCCAUCGAUAAGGCACAGCAGGCUCUUCGAGAAAGACCAAGCACUAAUCAAGAUGGAAAUGAUAGUGAGAAUGCUCAACUGACGGAAUACGAACAGGAGGAAGAGGAUGAUGAAGAAUAUGGCGAGGAAGGUGAGGAGGAAGAUUUAGAUUGCGAGGAAGUCGAAGAAGAGGAGGAGCCGUCAAUCAUGUUUGAAAAAAGAGCGACUUUAUUUGUACAAGAGGAAGGAGAAGAAGGCUGGAAAAAUCUUGGAAUGGGAGGCCUCAGGAUUGUCUACGAUUCGGAAAUAUUUGGUUCUCGAAUCGUUAUGGAGGUUGAUAACGGUGGUGAUGUAAUCAGCAAUACUGUUAUUAGUAUGGAUACAACUAUGCAGGUUAAUGGAAAGGAGUGCGUUUGGACAGCCUCUGAUUACGCUUUAGAUCCUCCGGCGAGACGAUUGUUAAGAGCAGUCUUCGCAUCUCAUCAAUGUGCUGAAGAAAUGUACUUGAAUUUCGAAGACGGCCAGGAUUAUGCGAGAGGAGCCGACAUAAGAGAUCCCCCGAUAUACAUUCCCGGCGAAGAAUAAAGGUGGCGCCACGAAUCGAUAAGAAACUUUGUGAUGAAACAUAUUACGUAGUAGAUAUUUGUUAAUAAGUUUUUAGUGUAAAGGUGAUUUUACUCUCAUAUGCAAUUAUGAUUUAGGGCAUUUUGCUUGAUUUUCCAUCGUUCUUUUUUUUUAUCUGAUACCUGUUACACUGGAACUUUUACUCGACUGCUCUAGAUUAAUGAAUAAUUUUCUAAUAAUACUGAUUGUGAGAGGAUUCACCGACAGUGAAAUCUGAAUUGGGUCAUCCUCAGGAAAACUGAAAAAAUGUCUCGCUUUUAGAAAAUGCGAAAAGGGUUAGUGAUUGAAAGAAGGGAUGUUUUUUUUUUUUGUUGUCGAAAGGCGAUCGCCAAACUAUUUCAGCCAUUGGCCCGUGAUAAUCGUAUUUAAAAAUAUCAAAUUUUAUUUAUAAUAAUAGGAGUCUGUGUAUAAAUUAUUUUACGGUACUUUAUCAUAAAUUUCGCAAAGGAUACAAUUAAUAAAUUAAUUAAGAGGAUUUCCCAAACGUA